AAGGAAAAAUCACAGUAAAAGCAUUAAUUGAUACAUCAUCGAAGUUUAAUACCAUUAGUGAGAGCUUGUUUGAUAAGCUUAAAGAAGAUUAUGGAAUACAUAAUCCUGUUGAGAAUCUCUAUGAAGAUGUAAUAGAUGAAAUAAAAUAUUUAGAUUUGCAAUUUUGCUAUAAAAGAAAGUGGCGAAGUUUAGAUAGUACUGAAGUAAUAGACUUUCAAAUUUGCAAAAAUCCAUCGUUCGAUUUGGUUCUGGGACAAGAAUGGUUAUGGAUGCGUAAAGCAAAAUUAGCUUUGGGCAUUCUCCCAAAACCUAUGACAGCUAUGCUAGAAUUGUAA